AUGGCGUCAACAAAGACUGCGAAGGGGAAGGCGCCUGCUAAGGCAUCAUCGAAAGAUGCUAAGGCCAAGGCAGCAAAGAAAGCGGCGUUGGCGGGCACGCAUGCGCACGGCGCGCGCAAAACGCGCUUUUCUGUCUCCUUCCGCCGCCCUAAAACUCUCCGUCUCGCCCGUGAUCCCAAGUAUCCUCGCAAGUCUAUUCCGCAUGCACCCCGGAUGGAUCAAUUUCGGACUAUCGUCUCGCCAUUAAACACCGAGUCAGCAAUGAAGAAGAUUGAGGACAACAACACUCUCGUUUUCAUUGUUGAUAUCAAGGCGAACAAGCGUCAAAUUAAGGACGCUGUGAAGAAGCUGUACGAUGUACAGGCGGCCAAAGUUAACACGCUCAUCCGCCCUGAUGGCAAGAAAAAGGCAUAUGUCAGGCUGACCCCAGACCACGACGCAUUGGAUGUCGCGAACAAGAUCGGCUUUAUCUAA